GUGAUCAUCAAUAAGCUAGAGAAAACAUGGCUGGAUUCACCGAUGUAUUCAAGUGAUCGUACGUGUCUGGCUGUCAUAGUGUUAGAAAUAUAAGUAAGAAGUCCAUCUACCUCCCGUUCUAAUCACCAAGAAUCAUGAACGGCCCGGGACCACCCAGAGUGCCUCCACGUCAGUCCUCAUCUAUUCCUAUUGCACAGUCUCCAAAUGGACAACCUCCCCCCGUCCCUCCUCCUCGCUCCACUCCUAACCAUCCUCCCCAAUAUCCCUCGCCUGUCCCAUCUCCUCGACGAAACUCUGAUCAAAUUGUUGGCAACAGAAGUACCCUAGCCAGCUUACAGAGAAGAGAUACGUCUCCAAAUUUUGGAGCAUCUCUACCUGGCUACCCAGCUCCUUCUCUACCUCCCAAGAAAGUCCCCAAUCGUACCUCACCUGCCCACAGGCCCUUUGGGGCAUCUCAAUGUAAUGUUAACUGUGUAUUACGUACAUAUGCAGAGCAUAUCUACUGAAACUCUACAAUCGUACGUAGCGUGUUUCACAUUUCUUCGCAAAACUCGAGACUUGAUGUAAAAUAGGCAUGAUUGUAUAACUGCUCUUUGAGAGAGCCUUCAUAAAGAGGUGUCCUUGUUUCGGUGGUGUCCUUCUUGGAGAGGGGUUCCAUUGUGUAUACAACAUACUGUAAACCCAGAAAUUUUUGCGCGCCAUGAAAUUUAGCGAAAUUAGCGUUUCCCAUCCUAAAUGCUAAAAUAAUAGGAUGGCAAUUUUUUGGUAAAUUUGUAACUGGCUAUCAAAAUUUCACUAAAUUUAUAAGCCGCUAAUAUGUGAGUUCUAUCAAAAACGCUAAUUAUUUUGGGUGCCAACAUUACUGGGUUUACAGUAGUGUAUGAAAUACUGCCGUUGUGUUUAGUUGUAUACUUGCCUGUUCUCUUCUCUAGCGAAUGCAUACAUUGAUAUUCCGCCUGGUAGCUCACCUGGUGGAGUGAACCUUGUCGAUGGCCACACCCCUCUCUCUGCAAGUCCCUCCGCCCCAUACACACCUAGCCCCACCCACCCUGCCACGCCCACAGUCCCUUCCAUUCCUGAACAACCCUCCGAAAUUGUAUCGUCUUCGCUGGAGGAAUGCGAAUGGUACUGGGGCAACAUUCAGAAAGAAGAGGUGACAGAGAUAAUGAAGGACAUGCCUGAUGGUGCAUUCCUUGUCAGGGACGCUCAGAGAGUGCCUGGACAGUACACACUCACUCUUAGGAAAGGAGGGGUUAACCGGCUGAUCAGAAUCAUCCAGCGAGACGGGCUCUACGGCUUCGCAGAGCCGCUGGAGUACCGGUCGGUCCAGGAGCUGGUGGCCUACUACCAGCUCAACUCCCUGGCUCCCUACAGCCCAAAACUGGACAUGACUCUCAAAAUCCCAGUCUCCAAAUUAGAUACUACUAUGCACGGGGAGAUCACAGUAGAAUCGGUACUGGACAGUCUGAAGCACAUGCAGGAGCAACUGGGGGAGAAGAACCAGAAGUACAAUGAGAUGAAGCAGCGUUUCGAGGCCUCGAAUGACGAGAUCCAGCACCUUCGACAAGAGAUAGACGCCCAGACAGAGGUGAUCAGUAUCAUGGAGGAGGCGGUCAAGGAGAAUGAGAAGAGACACGAGUCGUGCCCGGAGCAGGAAAAACAACUGCUGGUACAAAACUAUGACCUACUAAGGAGAAGGUUCCACCAGCAGAGAGACCACCAGGACAACAUGCAGCAGAAGCUGCGUCGGAUAGAGAUGAUCAAAAACAAAAUCGAACUUGAGCUCAACAGCCUCAAGCCAGAGAUCAAGCAGCUGCAGGCUGAGAAAGCCAACAAGCUAAGGUUCCUGAACCAGAGAGGGUGGCGGACCAGCGACAUCGACAGCCAGAUACACACCAUGGAGGAGGAGAACCCCGAGGAGGACCUCUACGCGACCUACGCCAUGCUUCACACCUACCGCAAAGAAGCUGACUAUCAGAAGAUAUCACAGAGGUUCAUGAAGAAACAGCCCCCGCCAAUCCCAGGGGGCGGACAUCCGGACAACAGACCUUCUCUAGUGGGAGUGACUACACAGCCCAUGAGGGACCGCUCUGAUACUGUCAUCAGACCUCCCCUGGCUCCCACUGGACCCAUGGCCACCACUUAUGAAGUAAUAAAACUGAAGGAUCUUCAUAUUCCACCAAACUUGCCACACUUUGAUGAGAGCAUGUGGAUGCGACCCACCGUAACUAGAGAGAGUUCUAAAGACAUUCUAAGUGGGAAGGCAAACGGAACGUUUUUAGUUCGUCCGAAGCCAAAUGUACCAACCAGUUCAGUGGACCCGGUGCACUGUCACACUAUCGACAUAAUGGACGGCGGAAAGUUCAAGCGCAUCCCCGUCUUCAAGGGCCCUUCUGGUGGCUUUGGAUUUGCAGCCCCGUACGAGUUUGAGUCACUUAAGACACUCGUCAUCUACUACGCUAGCAACACAAUGGAGAAGCACAACGCCGGACUAGAAACUAACCUAAAGUGCCCGGUGUUUUCUGAUGUGGGAUCAAAUGUUCUCUAACGCUCGGCUUCUGUGUUUUUUUGAUCUUAGUAAUCUUUGUAUCCUGAAUGUGUGUGCGUGUAUAUUAUGUAUGUCCGUUUGGACCCAAUUUUCACAGCUGGUUUGUGCUUGACUAACACUGUAAACAGACAGAGAGAGAGAGCCCUGGUACAAUAGUGAAAUUGAAAAUUAUUUGGCCUGUAGAAGAAUUUUCUGUACAGUUGUGCAUAAUAAUAUGAGGCCCGCCUUAGGUUUUGUUCGAAUCACACUUACAUCUCAUUUUCCUGACUGUUGUGUGUGCUUCACACUACCAUCACCCUCACUUGCAGUCAUAAUGUAUAUAACUGUUUCACAUGUAUAAUAAUAAUAAUAAUAAUAAUAAUACAAAGCAAUUUCAUCAUCGUGCUUGUGUUCACUAUUAGUACGGGAA